AUGGACGACACAAUAUGUGAAGAGGAAUAUCAGGUUCUCAAUUGGGUCAGAAAGAUAGCAGUAAUGAACAACCAAGAGCUUUCUGCUCAUUUCAAAAAACUUUCCAAAACCGCCAAAAAGCAAUUAGCAUCAAUACCAGUUAUCAAUUCGCAACCAAAGACUGCUUCGUUUCCCUUUGUUUUAUCCUUGCCAGCCUCUGGACAUCAAAACGAUCGGUUAUCUCCAGCCAGUACUGCCCGUAAUGAAUCGCCUACUCGGAUGGAUAUUGUACCAGUCUUAUUGACUUCUCCAAACAGAACAACAAGGAGCAGAAGAAAAGCUUUCAAUGAUUCAGAAAGUGAGGAGGACAAAGAGUAUCGACCAAGAAUAAGGCCGAGAGAGUUACUGGUAGAGUUGCUCCAACUACUCCGGUAG